AGCCCGUUGGAGAGAGAGAGAGGACCAGGAGCAGGAGAGAGGAGAGAUCAGGAGAGCUAGAACACACACACACAAACUGGCCACCACAAGCUAUCGGCUGGUCGUGGCGCCGGCGGGAAGCCAGCGUAGCUCGGCGGGCAAUGUCGUGGUGACCACAACCACGUCCGGAGGCAACGGCGGUGGCUCCGGUGGCGGCAAUGCCGGCGGUAGCAAUAGUUCCGGCAGCGGCCUCAACGUCACAACCAUCACGACCACCGGCGGUGGCGGCGGUCAGGUCCAGAGCGGCGGCAACAGUUCCCAGAGCAACGGCACCACCUACAAAAUCGAAAUGCUGGACGAGGACAUCCAGUCGCUGGGCUCCGAGGACGACGACGAUGAUCUGAUCAGCAGCGACGGCAGCCUGUACGAGGGCGAUCUUGGGCCCCUGCCCGUCAACGAUGAUGUGGCCCAUCAGCUGGCAGCCGCCGGGCCGGUGGGAGUGGCCGCUGCUGCCGCCAUCGCCAGUUCGAAGAAACGGAAGCGUCCGCACUGUUUCGAGACGAAUCCCUCGGUGCGGAAGCGGCAACAGAAUCGCCUGCUGCGGAAGCUGAGAGGCAUUAUCUACGAGUUCACCGGGCGGGUGGGCAAGCAGGCGGUGGUGCUGGUGGCCACGCCGGGCAAGCCCAACACCAGUUACAAGGUGUUCGGGGCCAAGCCGCUGGAGGAUGUGCUGCGCAAUCUGAAGAACAUUGUGAUGGACGAGCUGGACAAUGCCCUGGCCCAGCAGGCGCCACCACCGCCCCAGGACGAUCCGUCGCUGUUCGAGCUGCCCGGUCUGGUGAUCGAUGGCAUACCCACGCCCGUGGAGAAGAUGACCCAGGCCCAGUUGCGGGCCUUCAUUCCGCUGAUGCUCAAGUACUCCACCGGACGGGGCAAGCCCGGUUGGGGCAGGGAAUCGACCCGGCCGCCAUGGUGGCCCAAGGAACUGCCCUGGGCCAAUGUCAGGAUGGAUGCCCGUUCGGAGGACGACAAACAGAAGAUCAGCUGGACCCAUGCCCUGAGGAAGAUCGUGAUCAACUGCUACAAGUACCAUGGCCGGGAGGAUCUGCUGCCGACGUUCGCCGAUGAUGAGGACAAGGUGAACGCACUGAUCUCGCAAUCGGGUGACGAGGACGAGGACAUGGAGCUCUCCAAUCCCCCGACCAUACACACGGUCACCACCAUGACACCACCCACGGGCAACAGCAAUCAACCGCAACAGGUGAACGUCGUUAAGAUCAACAGCGCCGGCACAGUGAUCACCACGCACACGGCCCAAAGCAACACGCCAGCGCCGACGAUUAUUCAGAGUACCAAUAACCAGCACGUGACCACGACGGCCACGCUGCCCGCCUCCACAAAGAUCGAGAUCUGCCAGGCGCCCGCCUCCCAACAACAGCAACAGUCCCAGCAACAGCAGCAGCAGCAUCAUCAUCACCAUCAGCAGCAACAGAGCCAACACCAUCAGACCACCGGACUGCCCAGCACGGUGCACAUCCAGCCGGUGAGCGGCGGCCAGCCGCAGACCAUCCAGCUGACCACCGCCAGUGGCACGGCCACAGCGACAGCGGUGCCGACAACAGCCGCAGCUGUAAGUGCCGCUGCUGCCGCGGCAGCGGCCGCCCAAUCGAAUGCCGCCCAAACGGUCACUGCCCAGCAGAUCGCCAAUGCCCAAGUCUGCAUCGAGCCCAUAACGCUGAGCGACGUUGAUUAUACCACGCAGACGGUUCUAUCGCAGAAUGCUGAUGGCACUGUGUCCCUGAUUCAGGUGGAUCCCAAUAAUCCCAUCAUAACCCUGCCGGAUGGUACCACUGCUCAGGUUCAGGGUGUAGCAACGCUCCACCAAGGCGAAGGCGGUGCCACCAUCCAGACAGUCCAGAGUCUCACGGACGUCAAUGGCCAUGAGAACAUGACCGUGGAUCUCACCGAGACGCAAGAUGGCCAAAUAUUCAUCACCACCGAGGAUGGUCAGGGGUAUCCGGUGUCGGUGAGCAAUGUGAUCUCGGUGCCCGUCUCCAUGUACCAGUCCGUGAUGGCCAACAUGCAGCAGAUAACGAACAGUGACGGCACCGUGUGCCUGGCGCCCAUGCAGGUAGAUACCAGUGGCACACGUAGUACAACGGCAGCCGGGGGCGGUGGCGGUGGCGCCAACUUUGCUGGCGUCCAGUGUUACUCGCUGAUUAGUGCCGGAACGGCGGUGGGUCGUCGUGGUGGCGGUGCGACAUUGGUGGGCCAGCCGGCCACCUUACAGGCGGCAUCCGGUGGCAGGUACUACCUGGCGGCCACCACCACUAGCUCCACCACCGCCGCCGCUACCAGCAGUAGUGGGAGCAGCUUCGGCGGCCACCAGAACAACAACAAUAGUGUGCUAGCGAAUAACAAUAAUAGCAUUAAGAUGCCACUGCCCAUUGUCCUAGCCACGCCGGCAGUGGGUCAGGUGGCCAGCACCAGGUCCACCAGAAGGGGAGGGAAUCCAGGAGAGGUAGCAGUAUCACCAGGCAGUGUAUCUGUAGCUCAGAGGCGUAGAAAGCCAGGUGGAGGUGGCAGUGGUGGUUCUCUGAAAACAAAAAGUACAAAAUCCAUUGAGGGCACCACCAACACCACCUCCUCGGCGGCCAUUAGGUGUGUGGACAGUGCCAGUUUGACGAACUUUCACUUGCAGCUGCCUGCCAAGACCAUCAAACUGGAGCACUUGGAGUAGUAGGCUCCUCCUCCUCCUCCCAGAAAGCUAAAAUCCAGCCCAUCUCGAAUCUAGUCAGAAAACAUAAACGGCUUUUUGCAUGAAAAACCACUAAAAAAAAUGCACUUGCCAUUUAAAAAACCUUGUAAAUCUUUAAGAGAAACACCAAUUGUGAAUGCCAAAAAAGAAAGGAGAAAGUGAAAAGCGGAAUAACCUCAGAUUUCAGAAUUUAGGGAAGCCGAAAAUCGUAACCAUAAUUGUUGAUAAUUGAAACCAAAAAUCAAAGCUACCAGAAAACGUUCAGCUUGUUCCUACAGCUAGCUACAAAUUGUUUUGUCUAAAUCUUAAAUUCUAAAAUGCUAAAUUUAGAUACUAAAAAAAUGGAAUUUUAUAAUUAGGUUUUUUUUUAAGCCAUAAGUUGAACGAAAGUGCACAUAAUCUUGCUUAGAAGCGUAGAGCGCCAAAACCCACACACACAAACCAAAUAUUAACCAUAGUAGUUGUUGUUUUAAGUUGAAACUUUAUUGGGUUAGCUAUUAUUACUAUUAUUAUUAUUAUUAUUAUUUAGAGGUUGUUAAGUAGUCAAGAAAAACGCACACACAGGGAAGAGACCUUAGAGUUAAGUGUGAAAAACGUGUGAAUUUUACCCCAAAAAUUAGUCAAAUGGCAUUAAAAAUGCUUUAAAGAACAGGAGCUAUAGUAACACUAUAUAGUACUAUAUAUACCAUCUUGAAGUGCAUAUUAAUUUAGUUUGUGUUGAUCUAUUACUAUUAUCAUCUUUAUUGCUAUUGUGUUUAUUGAAUUCAUUUUUAAUUACUACAAAUAUGACUAUUACUAUUAUUAUUAUUA